AUGACAUUGCCGAAACAUCAUCAAGAUGAGUUUGGUGAACCAAAGCUUCAAGAUAUAAGGCACCAACUUGAUACUUUCAUAAUACACAUGCGUUGUGGUGAUCCUAUAUUUUCUGAUUUGAAACAAAUAAGUGAUUUGGCAGAAGCACUAGUUAAUGCAAAUCUCAUAGCUGGUUACUACACAUGGUUCAUUGGUGGAUUUUCCUCUAUUGCUUCUCUUUUGUCUAGACUAACUCAGAAGAAGUCUGCGUCUCAGGAACAAUGGUUUCUUGAUUCGGGUGCUUCUGACCAUAUUUCUGGAAACAAAAACACUUUCUAUAUUCUUACUUUCCCUUCUACCCUCUCUACUAUUACUUUGGCGAAUGGAUUAAAGAAGAUUGUUAAAGCUAUAGUAUUUCUACUAUUAGUUUUGCUUAAUGAGACACCACAAUUUCUCAUUAAGCAAGGCCGAGUGGAGGAGGCGAAAGUAGUCCUGAAGAGGAUACAAAAAUUUGGAGCUGAAGAAGAGCUUCAACAAUUAGCUUACCUAAUUGAAAAUGAAGACAGGGAGCCUUGGCAGAAGCUGCUACACUCACCAGUUUUGGUGAUUAAUGUAGCGACACAAAUUUUCCAGCGACUCUUAGCCUUAUACUCCAACAUGUUUUUGGGCCCUCUAUUCUUACAUUUCAUAGCAUUUAAGUACCAUACCUCAUUUCUAGCUUCGUUCCUUGGUGGUGCAAUUCGAGUUGGAGUUCCUGGACUUGCAGUUUUUAGUUAUAGAUUCUUUGGGCGACGAAGAACUCUACUUUUAGCAUGUGCAUGA